AUGAGAAAGCCUGAUGAUAGUGAUGAUCAAUUGGAGAAUGUAGUUGUGUCUCCUGUUCGGAAAAGUUUAAGAAUCAAAAUGUCAAAGCCAGAUGUUGUGAGUAAGACUGAGGAAAAAGCAAUUGUGAAGAGAAAAGCAGUAAAAAAGUCUUCAUCUGGUAAAAGAAAAGCAGAACCUGUUAUAUUAAAAAGAGAUAUUAAGAUGAGAAGGCUUGGCAGUGAUAAUUUGAAUAAAGAUGAUUCUCUUCAGAAAUUUGAUCUGUUAAUUGCUCCUACUAGUCGGUUCGUGGGAAAAGUUGGCAAGGCUUGUUCCAUUGAUGUGAUAACUAAUAUUAUUUCCAAGCUUAGUCCUAAUCAAAUGUCUAUAUUCAAGAGCAGUAGGUUUGGUGUGUUUCUGGGAUUAGGAAAGGAUGUAUUGAGUCUUAGGCUUAUACAUUCUAUACUGCUUAGGGAAGUUCAUUAUCCAGAUAUGUCCGAGCUUUGGUUUAAUUUUGGUUCGCGUAACAUGCGCUUUAGUCUGUAUGAGUUUGGAUUGGUUAGUGGUCUUGUUUGCGGUGGGGAUGAGUCUAGAUUUUCCAAUUACUGUGAUGGUGGAAUCUUUUUUGGUAAAUUCUUUGGCGAUGAUAAUAGAAUUACUCGUCAGGUUAUAGAAGCUAAGUUUAAUGAUGCAGUUUGGGAUAAUGAUGAUGAUGCUGUGAAGUUUGCAAAGCUGUAUUUUGUGCAAUAUUUUCUGUUGGGCAGUCUUGAAAGUACAUUGGUUGACAGUCGUUUCAUUCACUUGUUGGACUGUCUAGAUUUUGAUGAUUUUCCGUGGGGAAAAUAUUCAUUUCAGUUAUUCGUCCAGUCUACAAAGAACAAACUUUGGACAUUUCUGCAGGCAUCAAAACAAUCUACGUUUUAUCGACUGUAUGGUUUCCCCCAUGCCAUUCAAUUUUGGUUUUAUGAAACCUUGACUACAGUUCCUGAAUUUUUGUGUUCGUUGAGCAAUGCUGCUGCGUUUCCUCGGUUUUUGCGUUGGAGUCCGAAGAAUAUUAAAAAGAUUCAGAACUUUGAUUUUAAAGUUUAUGAUGAUCCAACUGAAAAGGUUAAAGCUGGUCCAAAUAUUAAAGCAACUGAUUUCGAGUUAAGUCAGAAUAUUGUGACUGGACUCAAUCAUCAACACUUCAUUGUUGCUUCCAAUUCGGAUGACGAAAGUAUUUUGGAAGUUGCUAAGUCUGCUUGCUUUGAUUUUGUGAAUGAACUUAAAGAUUUGGUGUUUGACAGUGGUGUUGAAUAUUCUGAUUUGGAGUUAGAUAUUCGAAAGCAGAUUUAUGAUUCUAUUGUGAAUUUUGAAAACAACAAAUUAACUGAUAUUUUCAAGGAUAAUUCUGGAGAGGAUGAAAAUGUAGAAGAACAGAUAUAUUCUUCUGAUAAUGAUGUUGGUGAUAGUUCUUCUAAGGAUAAUGAUAAAUCUUACAAGGAAGAAACUGAAAAUGAAGAGCAACAAUUUAAUAAUGAGGAUGUUACUGUUUUAGAUGGUGGAGAGAUUGAUGCUGAAGUACAUGAUCAAUCCAUUGCUGAGAAUGUUUCUGGUCCUGAGAAUGUUUCUGGUCUUGAGAGUGGAAAGAUUGAUGCUGAUGCUAAUGCUCAAGAUAUUACUGGUGAUGUUGAGAUGGAUGGUGUAAUGAAUUAUAAUUCUGAUAACUAUCACCAAGAGUCUUCAGAGGUAGAUAAAGCUAAUGAGAAUGUUAAUGUUAAUGUUGGGGUACAUGAUCAUGUUGAUCCUGCUGAUGAUCAAUCCAUUGAGCAAGUUGCUGAUUUUGAUAAUGCAAAGAUUAAUGUUGAAUCCAAUGCUCCAAUUAUUGCUGGUGAAGUUGCUGCUGAUGUUAAUAUGGAUGAGCGAUAUGAAGAAGUUGGUGUUGCGGGUGGGGCUGUUGAGAAGGAUACUGGUGGUAUGGUAGAAGUUAAUAUUGUUAAUGAAAAUGAAGUUUUGGGAAUUGGAGAGGCUGCUGGAAAAGAUGGAGGAAUGGGAGAGCUUAAUGUUAACAAGGAUGCUAAUGAAGAUGGUGAUUCAAAUUUAAAAAAACUAAUGCAAGAUGAAGUUGAUAAGCUUGGUGAUAUCUGCAGUGAUGAGUUUAUAGUAAAUCCAUCUGAUGUUGCUGCUGAAAAUGUUAUUGUAGCUGUUCCUUCUGAAAAGGCAUCAUUACAAAAUGUUAACUCUCAAUCGGAUGAGAUAGCUGACCUGACUUCUUCUGAGGCAGAUAUAUUGAAGAUUGUUAAUACAAUGUCUGCUUUUAUUCCUGCUGAGAAACAGUUGACUGAACCGGCUGAUUUAGGUGAAAAACUUGAUUUACCUAAUAUCAUAGCUAAAAAUGAUGCAAUAGUUGCUGUUCCGAAAAGUAGACAAAAACUUGUUUUUAAAAGGAAACAAACUCUGAAUCAGGUAGCAGCUGGAUAUGCACUUCUCGAAAGAGUGAAGAAUUUAGAUGCGCCUGAAAAAGUUGCAGCCGUUCGGAAUGCUUUCGUAAAUCAUUGUUCUUUGUUGAUUGAAAGUGUUCAUGAUAUGUGUAAUCAGUUCUGGCUUUCUGAAUUUAAUGAUUGGAUUGAAACUAAUACAUAUAAGAAACCACAUCCAUGCGGUGAAAUUUACUAUCCGAGAGAAAAGAUUUUACGGCCAGGAUUCAGACUUGGUGGUGAGGGUAUAACUAUAAAAGAUUUCUUUCAUAAGCUGAAUACACCCGGUGGUUAUUUGGAAUCGAGUCAUAUUGACUAUUUGUUUGCAUACCUGAGGAAGAAGUGUAAAUUUCUGAACAAUAAUUACACGGUUUGUGGAAACUGGUUUGACCAGUACAUUCAAAACGGGUAUAAACUGUACUUGGAGACUCAGAAUCUUAUUGAAUUACCACAGUUUGAAGCAAUCUACAAUUUUAUAGUUGGAGAGGAUGGACUUUAUAAGAGGGCCUGGGGUGAUGUCAAGCAUGUGCUAUUUCCAAUUCACCGUAAAGUUGACGGCGAAAAUAAUGACCAUUUUAUUCUUGGAAGGUUAAGUUUUGAUGACAGAAAUUUUUAUGGGUAUAACUCUUUGAGAACUGACUUAUAUGACGAGUUUGCACGUAAUGCUAUUACUGCAUAUUCAACGUUGCUGCCAUUAAUAUUGGAAUGUGUUGGAUUUUAUGAUCGUGCUGAUAUCAACUUCUACUCGGAUCAUUAUAUUGGAAAGAAUAAAAGUGAUCCCUUUUCUUUUUCGUUUGUAGAAGAUGUUCCUGUUCAACAAGAUUCUGAUUAUGGUGUGUAUGCUGCUGCUUUUGCUGAAUAUCUGAUUGAAGGUGAAUGUAGUCCUAGGGCUCUGCGUAUUCAGCAAAUACGUAACAGAUAUGCAGUUAACCUUUACAUGUAUGGUAGGUGGAAGAACAAGACUGGUUAUAUUUCUGAAGAAGACUAG